AUGACGGGCACGGAGAAACAGGCAGCACGGAAGAGCGCGCUCAGACAGAGAGUUUGGGAUGACUUGGAGUCCCACGCCGCAGUUCUUUUCCCACGACCUUGCCAUGGCCGCAUUCCCAACUGCAUCGGCUCGGCGGAAGCCUGUCGUCAGCUGCUCGAACUGCCGGAGCUCCAGCGGGCACAGGUGGUCAAGGUCCACCCGUCCAUCGGUGCCAGCGCGCUGCGCAGCGCGCUGGUCAUGGCCAAGAAGACAGUCUUGGUUCCCCCCUACCCGGGCGCUGACUUCCUUUACCUUCUGCUGCACCACAGCCUGGCGCCGAACGAGGCUGCCUUGCUCCGUUGCGGAGACAAGCGAGAGUAUUUGAAAUGGGCACGUCCUGUAGCAUCCUUGCUGGACAUCCCUUUGGUGGAUGUCGUUGUGGUUGCAACAUGUGUUGUCGCACCCAAUGGUGUUCGCUUGGGCAAGGGCAAAGGCUAUGGGGAGGUUGAGUGGGGUAUCCUCACUGAGCUGGGGGUGGUGGAUAGCUCAGUGCCAGUGUACACCUUGUGCCACGACCUGCAAGUGGUGAGCGCCGAGGAUCUCAAAGAAGAGAUGAUGGAAUCACAUGAUUUGCCAGUGGACGCCUUUGCAACACCGAGUGGUCUUACGCGCUGCCAGGCCAAAGUGCCCAAACCCUUUGGGGUGAGGUGGGACCUCGUGGGUCCUGAGCUGGAAGAAGACAUCGGAGCCUUGCGUGAGCUACGAAGCCUCGCUCCCGAGCGGCUUCGCGCCCACCGCGAUGCCUGCCACGCCACCCGUGCGGAAGCCAUGCGUGACCCGCCGUGCGCACGGCCGCUGUGGUCUCCGGUCACGGAGCAGGAGUGGCUGAUGCUGACAGAUGCUGCGGUAACUCAUUUUGCAGCCGAAGAAUGCAAAAUGCGUGAUGGCGAAUCUAAGAAGUUGAAGUGGAAGGGCAAAGGCAAAGGCAAAAGCAGAGGGAAAAAGACGGACAGCGCUAAUGCUCAGCUGAGUGCCCAAGCAGAAAGCAUGUCAGCACAGGCGGAAGCAGAGGCUGCCCAACAGGCGGCUUUGCAAGCGGCGCAGAUCAUCCAGCAGCAACAGGAACAGUUUAGCUUGCCUUCAACACUGCAGCUUCGACCAUUCCAAGGAGAUUUGGUCGACGAUGAGGACUCGGCAGAACAACGACGCCUGGAUGCGGCCGAGCAACAGGAGCGAGCCAGCUCUGCAGUGAAGGUCCGCUUCAGUAUGGCAGAGCAUGGCACAGUGCGUGCCGCAUAUUUGUUUAAGUAUUUUUUAUUGCUUCUGGCGGAGACAGGUGUUGAUGAGAAGAUGAUGCUAUGA